AUUUUUGGUCCCAAUCCUCGUUGAUAGCUCAGCGGGAGUGUCUGAGUGAGAAAAAUGGUUAGUGCCGGAGGUUUAAGUUCUCUUCUCGCAAUUCAGAGUACCACCACUGCGUCUUCUCUCUUGUUCUUCCCACAUAAAACUCACCUGAACCAGUUUGCUUCGAACUUGAAGAACCCCUCUUCAGCUCUUUCACUCUUUGCUGUUAUCCCCCCAAAUGGUUUAUGUUUCUCUACCCAUCUCGCGUUUUCAUCUGUUUAUGGCCGGAAACGAACUGGGUCGAGACUAUUUGCGUCGAAGAAGAAGCAGGGGAAGCGUGGAGUCGAACUCUUGGAUGUGGAAGGUUUUGAUGAUGAACUAAUGGGUGAUGAUGAUAUUGAUAUUGAUAUUAAUGAUGAAGAAGAAGAGGAUGAUGAUGGAAGCAUUCUCUUGCCAUUGGAGAAGAUGAACAAGUGGCUGGAGAAUAAGCCACGUGGGUUUGGUGUAGAGAAGGUGUAUGACACUUCCCUUGAAGACAAACUGCUCGAAGAAUUGGAGCAAGGUAGACUGGCCCAGGCUGCUAAUUUGAAUAAGCUCAGGAAGGAUACCCCAAAUCCUGAUUUGAAGAAAGAUGAACAAAAGAAGAAAGCCAAUGAGAUUCCUCCAAACGGAGUUAGAGUGAGGGUUUCCAACCUUCCUAAAAAGAAGAAUGCUCAUAGAGAUUUGAGCUCAGCUUUUAAAGGGGUUCCUGGUUUGAUUUGUAUAAAUGCAAUGGUAUCUGGAAACAAGAAGACUAGGGACCCUAUCUGCAAGGGUUUUGCUUUUGUUGAUUUCAAGUCUGAGGGGGAUGCUACUAGGUUUGUACAAAUUUUCUCUAGGCAACAUGUAAGUUUUGGCAAAAUUCAGAAGCAAAUAAAAUGUGAGAUAAUAAACUCAAAAACAUCAGAUUUUGCUCUUGAACAAUCUGCUGGUAACACUCAUGGCGUGCCUCCACUUAAAGUGAAAGCUGAAAGUUUGGGCAAGGUCCAAAUUGCAGAUUCUGAUACUGAUACAGAUGGCUCUUCCCCGGAAGAAUGGGAGAAGAGUUCUUCUGUUGAACACGACGAAGAUGCUGGCGACGAGGUUCUUAUGGCGGAAUUGGAAGAUGGUAUGGAGAAUUUGAACUUGGUUGAUGUUGUGGAGAUCAAUUCUAGUGAUAGGUUGGAAGAAAGAACGGAAUCUGAUGACACAAAGGAUGAUAAUUCAGUUUCCUCGGAAGUAGAAACAAUUCGGGCACUUGAGAAAAAACUACUUGCUAAACUAGGGAAAGAAGGGAAGGCUCCUAAGAAAAAACUAGCUGCUAAAGCUAAAGGAGAAAAAGCUUCUAAGAAAAAACAGGUUGUGAAAACAAAAGAAGCCAUUCCAGGAUCAGCCAAAAGGUUAAAGCUUAGGGAAAAGGCUGUGCUUACUGAUGUGCUCUCUAAAUAUGCACAGAAAUAUUCCAUUGAUUCUAAGGAAGAGAGCUUAGUUAGUGGACUGUGAUUGUAUUGGUAAACCGGGUGUGAAUGAUUUUAGCUAGAGUCCUCUUUGAACAGCAGCUUGUACGAUUUGUUAUUUAUGAAGAGAAAGCGUUUUGUCACCUACAUUUUUGUAUAUCUAAACUCGAAAUAGGCUUAGGUAAACAAUACUUGUAUGUUUAUUAAUGUCGAUAGUCCUUGCUUGA